UUUAUUACAACAUACAUUUUUUUUCAAUUUUUUUGCAAAUAUGGCCACAAAUUCAACGUGGAGUCAUCAUCAAAACAAGUUAUUUGAGAAUGCAUUGGCCAUUUACGACAUCGAUACGCCAGAUCGAUGGCGUAAAUUGGCCAAUGCAGUUGGUGGAAAAACAGAAGAAGAAGUGAAAAAUCACUAUGAAAAACUUGUUGAAGAUAUUAAGCGUAUCGAGUCUGGAAAUGUUCCAUUACCUAAUUAUAAUAGUGGUCGUAAUAAUAAAGGCUACAAUUUCAUGGAUGAAGAACAAAGGCUGAAGUAUUUGAAGCUCCAAUGAAAGCAAGAAGAGACUAUUUUAUGGAACUCAUAAUAUGCAGUAAAUUAAUAAUUAAUAAUAAGAGAAGGAUAUAAUUGAUUUUUCUUUUUAAAAAAACUUUAGGUAUUUAAAUUUGGUUUUCAUUGUAUUAAAUUUCCUUUGAGCAACUAUAUAUACAUGUACGAAGUACGUUUCCAAAUGUAACCUUUCUAUAACAUCAUCAUUUAUCUGCAUAUUUAAAUUUCUUGGUGUUAUAACGAAAUAUUGUUAAAACAUAUAAUGUAAUGUGU